AUUUGGAAACAGAUUUGUCCGAUUCUUUCUACAGCACCUGAAUGCAUAUGUAACGUUGCGUGGUCGGCCCUCUCUAGUAUGAGAGUAUGAGCCAUUAACAUUGACAACAUUAAAGCUAGACUCCCAGCCACACUUGAAGUAAAGCCACCACUUAUAGUAUGCUCCAGAGGCUCACUGCUGUGUCUCUGCGGAGGCCCACAGCUGCUCCCCUCUCUGCGGCGGUGCGAUGCGUGUCCUCCGGCUCAGUAGACAUCACUGCCCCGCUGAACUUCUGGGCUGGAGAAAGGAGGACAAGCCAUGAGAAAUGCAAUAAAGAAAAGGUCUAUGAACCUUCUACAGGGCGAGUCCUCUGUCAUUUGGAGCCAUGUGGUGCCGUGGAGGUCGAUCUGGCUGUGAAGGCUGCACAGUCGGCCUUUGACAUCUGGAGUAAAAUGUCUGGGAUGGAAAGAGGGAGGAUAAUGAUAAAUGCUGCACAUAAGAUUGAGAGCAGGAGAGAGGAGAUAGCUGAAAUGGAGGUUGUCAACAAUGGGAAGUCCAUCACAGAGGCUCGUUUGGAUGUGGACUCUGCAAGGCUGUGUAUAGAGUACUAUGCAGGGCUGGCCAGCACUUUGGCAGGCCAGCAUGUCCAACUGCCAGGUGGAUCUUUCGCCUACACUCGCAGAGAGCCUCUGGGAGUCUGCGUUGGUAUUGGUGCCUGGAAUUAUCCUUUUCAGAUAGCAGCCUGGAAAUCAGCUCCAGCACUGGCUUGUGGUAACUCCAUGGUGUUCAAGCCGUCACCAGUGACUCCUGUCACGGCGGUCAUGCUGGCAGAGGUCUAUGCUGCGUCUGGAGCUCCAGAGGGGCUGUACAAUGUGGUGCAGGGCGGCCAGGAAACAGGGAGCUUACUGUGCCACCACCCUGAUGUCGCCAAGGUGUCAUUCACUGGGAGUGUGCCAACAGGAAAGAAGAUUAUGGAGAUGGCUUCAAAAGGGGUGAAGCCUGUGACGCUGGAGCUUGGGGGGAAAUCUCCUCUGCUCAUCUUUGAGGACAGCGAUCUGGAGAAUGCUGUGAGGGGAGCUCUCAUGGCUAACUUCCUGUCUCAAGGCCAGGUUUGUAGCAACGGUACAAGAGUCUUUGUACAGAGGGAUAUUCUGCCUGAGUUUGUGGAGGAGGUGGUGAAGAGGACCCAGGCCAUAGAGAUAGGUGACCCGCUACUGGAGAGCACCCGAAUGGGAGCACUGGUCAAUCGGCCUCACCUGGAGAAAGUCCUGUCCUUUGUGGAUCAGGCAAAGAAAGAAGGUGCUACAGUGUUGUGUGGAGGUGAACCUUUUGUCCCAUCUGAUCCCAAACUCAAAGAUGGAUACUACAUGACACCAUGUGUGUUGGCUGAUUGUACAGAUGACAUGACCUGUGUGAAGGAGGAGAUCUUUGGCCCCAUCAUGUCCGUGUUGUCGUUUGAAACAGAAGAGGAGGUGUUGCAGAGAGCCAAUGACACCACUAUGGGUCUGGCAGCAGGAGUUUUCACCAGGGAUGUUAGGCGAGCCCAUCGUGUGGUUGAACACCUCAAAGCUGGUUCAUGUUUCAUCAACAACUACAACAUCACCCCUGUGGAGGUGCCUUUUGGAGGCUUCAAAAUGUCAGGUAUAGGACGAGAGAACGGUCAGGUGACGAUCGAGCACUACUCCCAGCUGAAAACUGUGUUCGUGGAGAUGGGAGACGUGGACAGCUUAUUUUAAGACAUGUUUAGAGGGCUGCCACCCUGACUCAGAGACUGGAACAGGAUGAACUGGUUCUGAACCACAUGUCCAUCACUCAGGGACAGAAGUAAUUCUCAAAGUGAUGAGAGACAAGUCGUUGAUUGAAGGAGCUGAAGCGGUAUUAGUAUUUCCUGAGUGUGAAAUAAAUGUGAACUGAGGAGAAAUCCCUAAAGAAAUAUGAGACAGCAGAAAUUAGAUUUUUGAAUCUUUAUUAAUUAGCACUAUCAUCAAGCCAAUUUAAUUACAUUUAAGAUUUUUAUAAGCAUUUACUGAGACUUGGUACAUUUCAGCUACUCAAGUGUAGGCAUGAGCAGCAUGUUCGGUAUCAGUAAGUUGGACUGCCAUCCAUGUACAGAAUAACAUUUUAUAGUUUCAGAAAUGAAUGUUUACAAAUACAGCUUUAUUUCUUGAAAAAAACAUCAGGAUAUUUUUAUAAACACAAUAAUGAAAAAAUGAAGCACUUUGAAUAUUAAAAUUAUUCUGUAUAUCCAUAUUAUUCACUACAUGUACUUUUUUGUCUAUAUAAGAAUUUUGACAGGAAUGUCCUGUCUUGAAGGUAGAAAUCAUUGUGCAAGGAACAUUUUCUUGUGAAAUUAAUUCAAACAUAACCUUGAGCAGUGUUUAAUGAUAAUAAAAAGAACUAGUGGUUCAUGUGUUCAAUGGUU